UUUUUUGUAUACAUGUAGCUAGCUACCUACACAGUGAAACUGAAACUAGUGAGUGCUGAACUGUGAACAUGUUGAACAAUCGCUUUUGUAAAUUUUAGACGGUUUUCUUCUGUUUGGAACGUGAUAUUUUAAUCUGACUAUACACAAGUGAAGCAAGGUCAUACGUAAGAUGGGGCGGCUACAUGCUCCAAGUAUAGAUGCAGUGAUGUUGGCAUCCAGUGUAUUUGCUUUAGUAACAAUUCAUGUGGCUCAGGCUACCGCAGUGACAACUUCAAGUACUCCUGCCAAAGUGAAACCUUCAGCGAGCUACAAAGCCAAACCAUCAAGCUCCACGCCGACUGUUCUCUCACUGCAAGAAAGAUUGGAGAUGUUGAAGAAGGUGUUGCCCGAUUACGGAGUGUUCAACCAAGGCACCAGCAUGCCAUUCGACGAGUCGUGGAAGAUUGAUGAGUGGUCUGCAGAAACCGUGGCCCCAUGGUUAAAUCCAGAUGGGAGCUUUGAUAGUCAGUUCAACCCCAACGUGGACGCUGACGACUUCAACAUCCCCACCAUGAAGCCCUUUCACUUUGACUUUGACGAUAACGACUUCCACAAGCACGACGAUCUCUUCAACGCCAACAGCAGCGGCAUGGGCAGCUACACCUGGAUCACGAUGGCCGUCGUGCUGGUCGUCUUCUUCAAAGUCACGGUGAUUGCGGUGAUGAUCGCACGCAGGAUGCGCUACAGGCAGCACCGAGUUGUCGUCAGGAGCUCCAACAGCAACUCGGUCACUGUACCCAGCGAGUUCACCAGCGACCAAGCCCACCUGGUUACCCCGGCCAACAUCGUCUACGUGGACACGGUUGGCGCUGCGCCCCCUCCGCUACCGCAGAUGUUCACGCCACCCCCGUAUUGUGAAUCCCUGCUGCCCAAUAGCCAGGGUGGCCCCACUACACCAACUGAGGAGCCGCCUCCAUAUUCAGAUUAGGUAGGGGAUGUGCAAGUAUGAACAUUUUUGAUACAAAUUAAACAAAAGAGCCACCUGACCAAGUGAUGAUCAUGCAUUCCAAUUUGUUUUUCUUCAGGGGAAGGCCAUUUGUAAACCGUGUCAGUGGGCUGUUAUUGUACAAAUAUAACAUGGUUUGAGGCAUGGAUUUGUAGGUAAAUGGUUACAGCCUACUAAAGCACUAGUCUGGUCUAUGAUAUGUGAGCAGAUUCGGCGAUUACUUAUGCAAAAAAAGUCUGCUUCUUAACCUCCAGACUCUGACCAUUUCUUCGGUCACCCAUUGUUGUAUCACAAAAACAUGGCAUUUGAAAUUGACCAAUCAACAGCUUAGUCCACAUUUCGAAUCGAAAUGAUGUCACCCAUUGUUGUAUUACAAAAACAUGGCAUC